CUGACCAUGGUCUGAUCGAGCUUAUCGUGCAUGUACAUAGUACUUGGUACUACUGCACGUCCUUUACUAUACUUGUAGUUGUAUUGCAACAAAAAUAGUGUUCGAAUGAGGAACUUCAAGCAUAGUGCUAGCUUCUAUGUUUGUGAUCGACUUGAGGUCCUACGAUAACAUAAUAUUUGGGUAAAUCUUUGCCAGUAUAGGCCUACAAUGAAGUUUGCAUGUCAGGAUGAUCGAUGUUACUACACUUCUGAUGAGUUGCCAUUCGAUGGAUUUGUCAAAACAGGUAAACUGGCAGUGUGGCAGCUUUUGAAACUUUUAGAAGGGUCCAGGCAUCAAAGAGGGAAGCAUGGUCCAGAGGCCAAAUACAAUGAGCAGUACCUUCUCUUCGUCCGCUCUCAGACUAUAGAGAUAUUUCCAGCGUUUUACUCCAAACUGAGUGCAAAUCGGCCAGUCAGAAUUGUCUCCAGUUGCAGCUACAUUGGGAAGACCUCUUACUGCAUAGAUGAGGAACUCUUUGAUCUUCUCACCAAUGAACUUUUGGAACGAAGCAGUUACCAUGCAGUGGUCGUAUCUAAGGAGACGCGUCGACCGAUUGCCAUCCCCCGAGAAACUUCCCAGGCUGUGAUACAACCCCGUGAUGGCAAACGUCCUUUGCCCGACCCUACCUUUCCGAGGCGACCAUCUCAACAUUUCACCCACCGUAGAGCUGUGAUGGCAAGCGACACUGAUGCAAAUAAGCACUUCAAUCAGGCUGGGUACCUUUUGUUCAGUCUGGACUGCAUCAGCUUGGCCGCCAUUGCAGGCUCUCUGUCGGCCUUCAAAACAGACAUAUCAUUCUACAAUGCUAAAAAGGUGUGGGUUAGAUAUUUGAAUGAAGCCAUUGUUGGGGAAGAAGUGACCAUCUCCUGUUGGGAAGACGAAGAAUGCCGCCAUACCAUCUGGGUCGAGCUGACCAAAGGGUCAAAGGUCAUUGGUCAAUGUCAACUACAGUUUUAUGAAGAUAGCACUAACAAAGACAUAGAAUCAUUACCACAGGCAAAAUUAUAGGUGAAAAAAUUACUGAUGAGUCAACAGAUUCCAACAGGAAGAACAAAGGUCUACAAAAACAAUUCUCAUUGUUUUCGUUUUGCUGAAAGAACACUUGCCUUUUUUGUGAUCCGUGGACAGAACUUUAGA